AUGGCUUCGUCCUCGCACCUCCGCCGCACCUUGUGGCUAGCAGAGAGCUCUAUCUUCAGAGCACCAUCUCUCUCAGCUCGUGUACCAAACACCCAUCUCAUCCAGACCCGACCAAUCAGUCAGAAUCCCACACGCCAAUCCGCUCAACAAAGCACCAAACCAGUCCCCAAUCCCAAACCCACCACGCCAGCAUCCGCCGCAACCACACCCACACCCACACCAACCACCAGCACGACGUCCACCGACCGCGCAGCCCGCAUCCUCGCCCCAACGCCCAACCAACCCACAACGCCCAACAUCUCCAAAACCGGGCUCAGCGACAAGCCCCUCGAGCUAGAGACCACGACGGAAGAAAAGAUCGACUGGACGCGCUCCUUCCACGGGCUCAGCGCCGCGCCCUUCCCCAAAGAAGCCGCCGACAUCCUCCUGGCCGAGGUCUCCCCGGACGAAGUCGAAAUCAAACCCGACGGCAUCCUCUACCUCCCCGAGAUCAAGUACCGGCGGAUCCUGAACCGCGCGUUCGGGCCCGGCGGCUGGGGGCUCGUACCGCGCAGCGAGAGCAUCGUGACCCCGCGCACCGUCACGCGCGAGUACGCGCUCGUCUGCAAUGGCCGGCUGGUGAGCGUCGCGCGCGGCGAGCAGGAUUACUUCUCGCCUGAUGGCAUCCCCACCGCCACGGAGGGCUGUCGUAGUAAUGCGCUCGUGCGUUGCUGCAAGGAUCUGGGCAUUGCGAGUGAGUUGUGGGAUCCUCGCUGGAUUCGCAAGUUCAAGGCGCAGUAUACUCGGGAGGUGUUUGUCGAGCAUGUCGUGAGUAAGAAGAGGACGAAGAUCUGGGUGAGGAAGGAUGAUCCGGUGGGGUAUCCGUGGAAAGAGACUAGAUCGUAA